GCCGCCGCCGCCGCCUGGAUCUGCCGUUGUGUCUCUGAGCGGAAGGAGACUCCCCACUUCCCUUUGGGGGAGAUGGGGAAUUGCCUGAAAUCCCCCACCUCGGAUGACAUUUCCCUGCUGCACGAGUCCCAGUCGGACAGGGCCAGCUACGGCGAUGGGACCGAGCCGGACCAGGAGCCGCCGCCGCCAUAUCAGGAACAGGUUCCAGUUCCAGUUUACCAUCCAACUCCUAGUCAGACCCGCCUAGCAACACAGCUUACAGAGGAGGAACAAAUUAGGAUAGCGCAACGUAUAGGCCUUAUACAACACCUGCCGAAAGGAGUCUACGAUCCUGGUCGAGAUGGAUCUGAGAAAAAGAUCAGAGAAUGCGUGAUCUGUAUGAUGGACUUUGUUUACGGGGACCCUAUCAGAUUCCUGCCAUGCAUGCAUAUUUACCACCUGGACUGUAUAGAUGACUGGCUGAUGAGGUCUUUCACGUGCCCUUCCUGCAUGGAGCCCGUGGAUGCAGCACUGUUGUCCUCCUAUGAGACUAACUGAGCCAGAGUCUCUCUUCUGAUCUGUCAAGGAGACCAUCCACUUUAAUGGGUUUGAUCCUUUGUCAUUCUGCCCAAAGAACCAGGCAUUAGGAAACAAGAUCGUGCACAAUAAUUAAAAAAAAGCUCAAU